AUAACCCAUUUUAAAUUGCAUUUACACUUCUGCAUGACUCACAAAUAAUGUCAACAGGUCAGAUUUGAUCAUACCAUGAUGUGUGGACAUAUUGUAAGCUGUAUGUUUUCAAAUGUAUUUAAAUGGGUGACGAAGGUGAAGAUGAUGAAGAUGAGCAUAUGCUACUUUGUCAAUUCAAGGUUAUGACAUGUAAUUACACGUAUUCACCAGGCAGAUGGCGUGGUGGACUAUCGAAAAUACGCCUAUAAUUGUCUGUCCUAAACUGAAGCUACUAAAACUAAUACGUUAUAUAACACAUACAUUUGACUUUUGCACGAACCUACAAACUGGUACACAAUUUGAGGUUAAUUUGAAUGUCAUCGUUUAAAAAACAAUCUCAAAUAUCUAUAUUGUUGCAUGUCGAGACCUGUAGUCCAUGUUAUUGAUGUGGUAUAUCUUGUUUAAUAGGUCUACAGUCGAUAGGUGUAACCUAAUCCUGACGACACAACACGAUCUAAACUAAAUGUAAAUUCCUUGAAAAUUAUGAAACCCGAGGUGGCGCGUUGCACCAGACGCUCAAUUACAUAAUGCACUCCUGAACCACAACCGGACGGUUCUGUAUGCACUGGGGACAUUCGAUAGGGGGGCGAUAGCGCGUUGCCCAAACAAAUCGCUCACAUGGCGCACUAAACACAUACUUUAAAGUUAACGGCACUUGGCAUUUAGGACGUCACAUUUAAUCUCACCUUGGAGUCGUCAUCAAACAGCCAAUGGGGAUAUUUGUUGACGCAGUGAGCGACCAACGAGGGCAGUCGUGAAGGAGUUCCACUAUUGCCACCAGCAAGGGUAUAUAAAGUGCCGAUGGAGUCUGAAGAAGGUUUGAAGCAAGUCAAUAACAGCCGAAACAUACUGAACACCGACUCCAAGAGCAGCGAGACAGAAGAGCCGUUUGCUAUAGGCUUUCAUUUUGAUUUGAAAAACUUUUUGCCGUGUGUUAUGCAAGUUCCCUAAAUUCAGCUAUUGAUUAUUUUAUAUAUUUAUAACUGUUUUCUUCUAAAUCACAUCUGACAUCCUGUGUUGAUGUUAACAGAGCUGGCACAGAGGUGCUAGGCUAUACCUUGCAAAAAAAGGUAUAUUCAGAAAUUAAAGGAAUCUGCCGAACACAGUAGCAAUGCCUUACGAUCUAGGUGUGUUUGACAGCCCGGGCGAUUAUAAAUCAGAGAAACAGUGCCAAAGAACCUCCUUUGCCUUCUACCAAGCAGUGCGGGACGUGUUACCAGUAUGGGUGCUCGAGGACAUGCGGACUAUGGAAGUGUUUCAUUGGGAAGAAGAAGGGCGGGCAUGCUCUUUUACUCCACCCGAGGCUUUUCUGUAUGCACUUGUUCACGACCAUCAACAAUACGCCAAAUUCCUCCUCAACAGAUACUCUGUUGGUGCACUGGAGAUGCCCAGUCAAAGCUUCUGCUGCUGCCAAGCAUCAGCAACACCGCAUCUCACAGUAGCUGUUCGCUAUAAUCGUAUUACUAUCCUGAAAAUGGUCAUGGACUCCCUAAAAGACUUCUCUGAUAGUGAGCGCCAGAGCUACUUGAACACCCGUGGAUGUUUUCACAUGCAAGGAGGCAAAUACGCAUUGCAUCUGGCGUGCGAACUGGUGCGCCCUGAGUGUUUGAUUAUGUUACUAGGACACGGUGCAUGUCCUUAUGUCACAGACCGAGAUGGGAACACCCCCUUGGACUGCCUCCUAAAUCAGAUACAUCAGGGCGAGGCUGACAUGCGUAGCAAGCACGUCUGCCUUGGUUACCUCAUUCUCUUCAUGCCAAAAUUCAAUUUUCAAAUGAAGGGACAGUUGCAGAAGAAUCCAGGGCUGUGGCAGAGUCUUAUUGGAGAGCAGGCGUUCCAGUGGCUUUUAGAACUAUCUCCUCCCUCUCUCUUUGUUCAGGCUAUGCAUACGAUGACCCAGUCUAAACCUGUUAAACAGUUGGACUCUCUGCCAGACUUUCUGAAACCACUGGACUUCAGGCUACACCAGUAUACCAGAUGAAACUACUCGACAGGUUUAUUUUUGGCUAUGGUGUGAACGAUUUAAUAGCGUGAAUAAAAUGCAGUAUGCAGCUUUGUAAA